AUGCAGAUUCAAGCUCUACAUAAACAACUGGAUGAAAUAAACAUAAAACUUAUUGAAAUCAAAGAUGAAAUCAAUUCAAUAGACAGAGCUGUUACUUCUAACGAUGUUUCCAAACUAUUUAGCACUACAUUUGACGUAGAUAAGUACAGACAGCUACCACAUAAAAUUGUCCUUUAUUCACCUACAUUCACCCAAGGCAAAAUCAAUGGAGAGCAACUUAGUGAACUGUUUGGAACUUUAUCAUUAACUUCCCUAUCCCCAGAAAAGAAAGAUUACAGCAUUAAGACAUCACAGAAAUUACAUGAAGCUGGAUCCUCUUCUCCAGUUAAACAGCUGCUUGAUGAACCAGAGACUGUCACCACCAUAAACACUGGUUAUGAAUACCUUUACAAUGUGGCCUGUUUGAGUGAUGAAGAAAUCUGGACAAGUGGGGAUGACAGCACAAUGAAACUUUUCAGCAUCAAUCAGGGAUCACUACUCAAGUCAAUUACAACCAGGUCAGGGACUACACACUCUAGCAUAGCAGUGACAAAAAGUGGAGACCUAGUUUAUACCGAUUACAACGAUAGAACUGUGAACAUUGUGAAGAUUGAGAAAAUAUAUGUAGAGGAAAUGAUCCGUCUACAGGAUUGGAAACCUCGUGCUGCCUAUAGUACUUCAUUGGAUGAUCUGCUGGUUAUCAUGGAGAAUGAUGCUUAUAAACAAACAAAAGUUGUUCGUUAUUCUGGCUCCACACAGAAACAAAGCAUUCAGUUUGAUGAUAAAGGCAAACCUCUCCUUUCUUAUGGACGUUUUUUGAUAUAUUAUAUCCGUGAGAACACGAAUCAGGAUAUCUGUUUGUCUGACUGUGGAGCUGGAGCAGUAGUGGUGGUAAAUCAGGUCGGAAAACUGAGAUUCAGGUACACUGGACAUACUCCUGCUCUAAAGAACCUACCAUUCAGUCCACUAGGAAUCACCACAGACAGUCAGAGUCACAUCCUUACAGUUGAUUUCAACAAUGACUGUGUCCACAUCAUAGACCGGGAUGGACAGUUCCUCCGUUACAUAGAGUGUGGACUGAGUAAACCCAGGGGAUUAUGUACAGAUACAAAUGACAAUCUGUUGGUUGCUCAGUACGGAAAUAGACAAGUGAAGAAAAUCAGGUAUCUGCACUGA